CCAACCGCGCAAACAAAACAAAACGGUCCUUUUUUAAACAGUUAGCACUCGAUCGUUUGUUUUCAAAUGGCAAAACGUGCGGUUUAGGUGACGCUUAAAAGGCGGCGGUGAACUCAGCCACACGCCCUGUUGUUGUGUUGUGGAGGGGGGGGCGAUUGAGCUAUCUUAGCAUCAUGCUAAUGGCCCACGGCUGUCCCACAGUUGGCUGUUGCUAUAGCUGCACUAUAUCUACACUAUAGGCUUGCGUUCCUGAUGAUUGUGCCUUGUGUGGUAUCUAUUCAUUCUCUCUGUCAAGUGUGAAGUCCCCCCCCAACACACACACACACACUCUCAUCACUGCGAUGUCCCAGCUUUCCAACAGCUCAGUCCGUGAGCACAUGAAAUGGGCUGGGUUGCUGGGCUGUGAGGCAGUGCUCUCCAGUAUGGCUCUGAUGCAGGCCAAUUCCACAGCCAGCCAUAAAAAGAUGAGCUCUCCCCUGGGCCAGAGAGACAGCCACAGCCAGAACCAGAACCCAAGUCAGAACCACAACCACAGUCAUUCCCAGGAUGCCCAUAGCCACCACAGUCACAUGGUCCUGCCCUCCGGAGUCAGCUGCCCACCAAUGCUCAUCCAUAAGGACGGAGAGUUCCACUCUUCCAGACUGCUGGAGGAGAAGGACAUGCAGUCCUCCCAGAAUCCGCAGCCAAAGAAGAAGAACAGGAAGUCGGGGACGCCCGCCAAAGUGCGAGAAAAGGCGCGGGUGGAGAUGUCCGAUGUGAACGAUGACGGCUCCCUGGGUUCCCAAGUGCAGAAGAACUUCAUCUGCGAGCACUGCUACGGAGCGUUCCGGAGCAGCUACCACCUGAAGCGGCAUAUCCUCACCCACACAGGAGAGAAGCCAUUUGGGUGUGAUAUGUGCGAAAUGCGGUUUAUUCAGCGCUACCACUUGGAGAGACACAAACGCGUGCAUAGCGGAGAGAAACCUUAUCAGUGUGACCGCUGCCAGCAGAACUUCUCAAGAACAGACCGGCUGCUGCGGCACAGGCGCUUGUGUGCUGUGGGCGUCCCCAAGGAGGAGAGCCAGUCGUGCUGUGAGGGCCGGCCGUACUCGCAGGAGCCGCCGCAGCACACGGCCUCCUGGAGCCCCCUGCAGGGCAACAGCAGCAACAGCCGGCUGGCGGUGUGAUGGCUCCCCACCCCGCCCCCGAUGGGAGCCUCCGGUCUGCCGGAGCGGCCACCUGGGGGUGCUCUAACUGUCUCAGACUGAUCGUGGAGCCACUGGCAAAGACUUGGCCCCCAGCUCUGCUCCGAACGGCUCAUGUUCAGCCACAGGAACGCAGAUGUGUUUGUUUGUUUGUUUUUGUUGUUGUUUUUUUGUUUUUUUUUCCCCCCCUUCUUUCUUUCUUUUUCUUUGGUACUGAUCUGACUUGGGAGAAGAGGAGCUUUUUACGUCGUUAUUUUCAGUAGAUGGUACUGACCCAUGGAAGGUCAGGCUAGUUUGUUAUACUGCACAGGCAAUAAUGAGUUGUGUUAGCAAGUAGAGAUCAAUGAACAGGGGUAGUUACUACCUCUAUUGAUAGCAACCAGCACAAGGGUAGAGUUGGGCUUACACACAUGAGCCAGUUAAUCGUGUGGUAUUGCUGUAGGUUUGAUGUUACUGAAUCGCAGGACCCAUGGACAGGUCCUGGGGCCACAGCGAGUGUCACACGUGGCCUUUUGACUGUCAUAUCUAAAAAAUACGCUCCAAUACUCUUUAACGGCACACGUCCACUGUAGGGUAACCAGUAGUUCUUGGAAGAGGUGCUAACCAGUGUAAAACUGACUAAUACAACAACCAGUAGUUUUCUGUCCACUCGGUACAUUGUAAUUAUUCCAAGACAAACAGAUUCAGAAUAUUUCGCUUGUAAGUAUGUCAGCAGCCAAAAAGUCGUGAAAUUCGAAAAGGUCAUGAAAUACAUUUCUGUGUUUAUCAUGUCCAAAAAGUCGUGAAAUUCGAAAAGGUCAUGAAAUACAUUUCUGUGUUUAUCAUGUACAAGUCUAUGUGCUUUGGCAACUGAACUGUCCUUUUUGCUGAACAACUUGGAUCCAGGGUGUAAAUGGGUCAUUCCAUAGACAUGGUGCGAUUCUUGUUCGGUCUUGUAUUUGUGACACUGCGUCUUGAGUCCUGUUCUCUAACUGAACUGGAAAAACACUGGAUCAACAGGGCAGAGGAAAAGCUAAUGGUGUGUGCUUCUCACAGUUCCUGUUCUCGUAGUCAUUUUUAUAUCUGAACCAAUAGUUCCUUAGGAGGCCAGGUACUGUAGACUAUCACCCCAAACACAGACUACAUGCAGUUUUCCUCUGCUGAAUUUUAAUUUAAUAUAUAUUUUUAUUUUUUAAUUUUUCCAAGUCAUUUUCAGUAGUUCUAGUUCUUAGCCUGCUGCAAGUGUUUAACCUGGUAGUCUCAGUAGGCCUGCCCCAUUUUUGUACUAAGUAGGUUUGCAUGAUGUUGAUUUCUUCAAAUAUGUAUUGUGAUUGUUAAAAGAAAGAAGAAAAGUAUUUUUUUUGAAACUUUUUUUGUAUUUUUUACCAUGCACAAACAUGCACACUAAAGUCUUUCUUACCCAGCUAGGUAUAAUGUAGUGAAUGGAAAUAUAGGACAUCAAACACCAAUAAAUUGACUUCUUUUUCAAGAAACGUA